CAGUGUACAAUGUAUCAUGAAUACGGUCAGGGACUCGUGGGUUGUGUUGUCCAAGUGCCAUUAAAGAAAGAUACUGUAGGGACACAAGUUAUGUGGAAUUUGUGUCCGGUAGUGUCAAUUUGAUUGAUCAUGGUGAUCUUCAUCCUGCAUGUAAAUUUAAAGAAGCUAUUAGCUUAAACAGAUGUUCCAGAUGUAGAACAUGCUUCUGAGGAAGAAAGAUUCAUCCAAACCAUUACCUCCUGAAGGCAUCGCUGGCAAGUAUACCAAGAAAGAGACAUCACCAUGGUUACAGGGCUACAUGAGUCCCGUUCAACGCAAUGGCCCAGCCUUGAAGAGACCAUCUCAGAUACCAUCAGGAGGACAGCCGGGGAACACAAACCCAGCAGUACCCCAGUGGGAACCAAUAGGGGCACCUGUCGGACGACGGCCUGGUCUAGCGCAACUGGGUCUACCAGACUUUACCAAAGAUAAUGGACAGCCACCAACAGAACACCAUAGUGGAUAUGGUGACCGUGGUUUGCCCAGUCAACGAGGGGGGUCUCCCCAUCUCCCCGCUAAUGCCUUUAGACAAGACAAGCCACCUCAUGUUGGUAAUGUACCAGAUAUGCCUCUUCCUCCGGGCUGGACAGUAGAUAGGACGAUGAGGGGGAGGAAGUUUUAUAUUGAUCAUAACACCCAGACAACUCAUUGGAGCCAUCCACUGGAAAAGGAGGGCUUGCCUCCUGGUUGGGAGAAAGUUGAAUCUAGAGAGCACGGAACAUACUAUGUCAAUCACGUCACAAAGACCGCGCAGUACAGACAUCCAAACGCACCCAAGAUUCCACGAUACGAACCUACCCCGCCCAUCCCAAAGAGUCUGCCCAUCCCACCCCAGUCAUCAAACAUCAACCCAGCGACCCGUUCACAAGGUCAAGCCGGCCAGGCAAACAACUUCUGGGUACCACCGAACCCUUAUCUUUACACAGAAAUACCAAACUGGUUGGAUGUGUAUUACAAGGCUUCUCCCGAGCACGAUCAUAAGCUGAAGUGGGACCUGUUCAGACUGCCGGAGUUAGAUGCAUUUCAAGCCAUGUUAACAAGGUUAUAUAAAGAAGAUUUAAGAACAGUGGUAAUGGACUAUGAAGCUUACAGGCAAUCAUUACUCAGGGAGAUUGAAAGGAGACAUGUCAGGCAAUUACAUAUACAGCAACAACAGAUAGCAUACCAGCAACAUGGCUACCCACAACCUGCUCAGGCUCAUGGCCACCACCCACAACAACAACAGCAGCAACAACAACAAGAGCAACAACAAAGACCAGUUGGCCAACUCAAUCAGCUCCAACAACAUCCUGGUCUCAGGCAGCAACAUGAACAGCCGCAACAGGCAUUAUCCCACCAGCAACAACUUGCCAUAUUAUACCAACAGUUGUUAAAGCAGCAGCAGCAACAGCAACAAAAACUCCAUCAACAGACACAUGGUGCUAAAGAUAGUAGGGAAACAAGGAUAUGAAGAGGUCAGUCUUGAUUAAAUCCGUUGAUGGCUUUAGUUGUAUGGGACAACUGAAGUCAACAUGCAGGUUGAUACAAUAAGAAUUGAUAGCAUCAUUAAUAUCCUUAUUACUUCACCCAGGUAAGACGAGAGACCUGCACAUGCAGUACAUACGUUGAUGUAAUCAACUUGCAAUUUGCAACUUGGAUAUAUGUAAGUGGUGUUGAUGGUGGUAACUUUUUACCUAAAUGCUAAAAGAGAGCAUGAAGGCUUGUAAGCAAGCAACUAGAUGACCGAAGGCUUAAGAUCCUCUCCAGGGGACCUGGGGAGCGUUUCAUCAACAUUUCUGUCAGAAAAUUUGUCAGGUCUGACAACUUCUCUUGAUUUUGAUUGGCUGAAAAGCACUGUUCCUACGGUAACUUGUAUAAAACAGGACUUGUCAGAUAAAACGUCCGACAAUUCCUUUGAUGUAACGCUCCCCUGGUAAUAAUUGCCUUACCAAAGGGAACUAUCGCACCAAGUGGUGAUUGGAGCCAGGUCACCGAAAUCUGAAACCCCCGCUCUACCAACUGAGCUAUUGCACGUCCACUGACUGAGCUAUGAGGCCUCCAGUAAUUGACAGGAAUAAAUCAAAUCAAUCCACUGCUUUUCUCCCAUUUCGCUGUUAUUGAUUUUUCCUUGACUUCCCAUUUAUACCUUGUUCUUGUCUUAAUUCUUCUACUGCGUAUGUAUGUAAUAAUAUUUUUUCUUUUUCCAUGUUGGCUAAUGCAGUCUUUCUAUUAUCCAAAGAUAAUUGUUCGUAUUUUUUUUCUUACCCCGGUAAGUCUACCCACUGGAGGAAAGUAAGAAACAUGUUACUUUUUAACGAGAGGCUUUAUGAAUUUGGUUGUUUUUCUGUCACAGAACCUUCUUUUAGAGAAAUUGAAAAAUAAAGACUAUUAACAUUAUUUGUCAGGGACUUAUUACUAGUUGACAUAAAUAAAUAUUUGAUAUAGUGAAAUUGUUUCAGUUUUGAUAAUGUAAUUUGAAUCUCAAGAUCGUCCUGUAUUCAUCAGUAUUGAAAUUUGACUAAAUUAUUUAGUUUUGUUUUUUUAAGUAUGACAACAAUAAUUUGAAGUAUCUUGAUGUUGAAAAUCUACUGAACAGAUAUUGGGUCUUCAGUGCAUUUUUUCUCAUAUUAUUGUAAAUACAUGGAGGUUUUAAUAUGUAUCAAAGAAAAAAUGAGAUCUCACCAAGGGUCCGUUUCUGAAAAGGACUUACAAUUGUGGUAACUUUGUCAUUCUGGUAACUUCUUUAGUGACAUAGCUGUAUAGCAACCAAUCAAAAUCAACGUCUCUAGGGUAGUCCAUGUCAGAUGGGCAUGGCUUUCAUGGGGAGUGGUUUAUUUGCUGACCCCAGACUAUGUGAAAAGCAUUGGAGUGCCUUGCAACCGAGACAUCUUUGGAGGACAGCAAACUCGGUGUACCACUGGGAAGUUCUUCAAUGAAGCCUGAUUGGCAUUGUACAAUUGUCGGGCCAGGGAAAAGAGAGAUGAUGACUUUACCAUACAGGCACAGAGAUGCCAACCGUUACGGAUUCGCCGUAUUUGUUCUUAUUUUAUUCCUCCAAUUACGGUGUUACGGCAACAAUAAAAAGGUUACGGAAAAAACAACUACAAUACAUGUGUAUUGUGUAUUGCUUUGCUGUGCAUGUGUAUAUAUGCGUGUAUUGUGCAUGUAUAUGCGGGUAUUGUGUAUACAUGUAUCGUGCAUGCAGCGUGUGUGUGGCCAACGGUAAACCAACGGGAGUUUCUCUACUGAGAUUUCUAUUGCAAGCGCCUCCGCGCGCUGCUGCUGAAUACACAGCGAAGUGCGGAGUGCAAGCCGCGGUUCAUGCAUGCACAAUGUCAAUGGCGAUUGGGUGGUUGAGCAUAUAAACGAUGCUACUUCGCGGGAUGUUCCUGAGAAACUCCCAUUUGUUCCUGACAAAUAUGGUAAAUAUUCCUGACAACCAUCCCUUUAGGUUGGCAUCUCUGCAGGCAAUAUCCAAUGGCAUUACACAACGUUUGCUGGUCAUAAAUCUUGUUGUAGUUUUGGUGAUUUAUAUACAAAUGGCUUCAAAUUUUUCAUGAAAAUGCACGAUAAUCUGCCUUUGAAAUAAUGGCAAAGUUAUCAGAAUUUUAAAUCCCUAUGGAAUGAGGCCCGAAACCUUAAUAAGGAAAUGUCUUGAAAAUAUAAACCCUUACUUUCUCCUGCAUGCUAGCUUUACAUUUUUGUAGCUGGAAAAAAAAUAUAUUAGCAUUAUUUGAAUUCAUGGUUGUUGACGCUAAAUUUUCUUAUCUGUAUGAAAAUAAUUGUAAAUACUUAAUGAAAGAUUUAUAAUUGUCAUCUUGUGCCAAAGGUGUAUAUAUUCUUCCAUAUUUAUAAGCUCUAAGUCACCUUGUAUGGUCAUAAAUCUAUAAUAUUUGUUGUAAUGUGAGUCUUAAGUGUGAUAGUAUCUUUGAAUUAUGUUUUAUAUUUUUAUAGACCUAUGUAUAUUAUGAUGAAUUCUAACCAUAAUAAAAUACAAGAGGAUUUUAAAGACCUGAGUAGUAGCAGAACAGUGGCACAUAUAAUGUGAACCACAAUGUAUUUUACUGGUUCACUGCCCCCCCCCCCCCCACAGAAUGUGUACCGGUAUUUCAUGUGGGGAAAUCAUCGAGUAGAGGAAUUAUCCUGGAAAGAUGAUGUUGUUUUGAUAAAUUUUGUUCUGAUGAUGCAAAAGCCAGGUUAAUAAAUACCCAGAAAGCAAGUUUGAAUUAUGAAUUCUUUGCUCUGUUUUCUCCAAAUCAGAUGAAUACCGGUAAGCACUCUUUUAAUGUUGUAAAAUAAUGCGAAACCCUUACUUUAAUUUCUGCCAUAAGUACCUUCGAAUCAAAAGAAAACAGACAACAAGUAUGUGUAGAUAUAUGUCUUAAUAUGUUGUUCUCUUGUACAAUUAGCCAGUACUGAUUCUCUAUUUUCUUAAUGAACUGUUACCAACUCAAAAAUGCACCUACGUGUUCAUGUAUUGGAGUAAUUCAACAUUUUAGCAUGAUUAUGUGUAUGAAUGUAUAUGGGAUAUAUUAUUUGAGAUAUUGAAAUACGUAUUCAAGUUUCAACUUUUAAGGAAAGGUGUUUUAAUUUAGAUGAGAUCUGUCAAAUUUUAUAUUUAAAUUCAUUUGUACUUUCUGUCCUGUCUUUAUAAAAAUAUAGUAAUUAUUCCAUGAAAUUAUUAAUUUUUCUAAUAUAUUAUUAUCUCAUUAUUGCUUGUUAUCAUAUAAGUUGUAAAAUAAUAAUAUAGAGCAUUUCAUUGUUUAAAAUAUCUACAUUUGACUUCAUGUACAUGUAAGUUGUACCGGCAAUGGUUCCUUUUGUGUAUACUUCUCAUGAUCUUGUAUGACUAUGAAUUGUACCAAUGAUGAUGAUUAAUUUGCCUUUUCCACAUUGUGUACCCAUUGUAUUGAAUAAGUUGAAUUUCCUAUUGUCUACCAAUGAUGACAAGGGCUUUCAUCUAAAGUGCUUUCCCCUCCUAUGCUGUUGUUUGUCAUUUUUAAUAGCAGUAGAAAAUGUAAUAAAGAUGUAAUAUGACUUGAACUGUUUAGCCUCGGAAAUCUUAGUUAACAAAAUCCCAACAAAUUAAAAGUUUAACCAAAAGCAUGAUGCUGCGUUUUGAGUAUUUUUUUGCAGAGGCCAAAAAAAAAACCACCUGUAACUAACAGACCUUAUGCGUUGAUGUCUUUUUGCUGUCAUCUUCGAGGUUUAUUAAGCCGUUGGCCUUGCAUGUGCGGUGAUUUGCAGCUGGCGCAUCUCUGACAACUCUGUUUGUGCAUAUUUUCUAUAUCCUCUGAGGGAGGGCGCUAUGAGAUUAUGACAUCAUAUGCAUAAAGGUCUAUGGUUUUUUUUUUCAUUUUUGAUGGAUCUGACAGUAAGAAAUAAGAAGGCAGUAGAAUUAGUUGAUGAGAGAAAAACAAGAAAGACUUCAAAGCCUCAUAAGAGGUUCCUGAUAGGAAUGUUGCAAAAGAGAACUAAAAUAACAAAAGUGAAAUAGGAGGAUAUUGCAAUCAAGGAAAGACUCGGAUAGGGGUGAUUCUAGAGUAAAUGUACCCAAAUGUUAAUUUUACCUGAAAGUUCAAUAUCUUUUUAUAUUAGUUCCAUAGGUGAAAUGGUUG